AUGACGGAAAGCCGUCCGUUCGGUUCUUCGGAUUUUGAUGAAAUAGAGGGUAGUGAACUCAGCCUGUGUUGCAUCUGCGGAAAGACUUUCACAGACCGCCGUUCACUUCAUCUUCAUGUGGCCAUCGUUCACGAAGAUUCUGAAACUCCUCCCAUUGCACAUUCUUCUACUUUUCUCCCUACCGAUGAUUCGGAUAAUCAAAAAAAUGGAUGGUUUUCUAAUCCAACUCUACCCCUCCUCUCUUCCGCCCUCCUUGCUGCAGCAGCCGCCGCAGCUGCGUCGACAGUAAAUAGUGAAGAGUGCGGAGAUGAAAGUAGUGAUGAUUCAUGUCACCCGCAAGACCUGCGAAUUCGUCGAUCCCCAGUAGAUACUCUCUCCUCAGGAUCAGUGAGUACCGCUCCACUUCCUACUCAAGCGCCAAUUCAAUCAAUGCCCCUCCAGUCUCAAAAUCUCCUCAAUCGUCAAACUAGUUCCUCAGGCUCUCUCACUAAUCAAGCAUCCUACCUUUACAAACGCUACCAUGAUGUCUCAAGUAUGUGCUACUUAUAUGUUAUGUAUGUGUGCUAUACACGGCUUAUCACAUCAAAUUGUGUUACCCAUCUUUUGGAAAUAGUGACCUAG